AUGGUUCGUGAGGCGACGAAAACCAAUCGAUACGAUGACAGCGGAAAUCUCAAGUUCUUCCCCGAGGACCGGUGUCCAGUGGGCGGUCCCUGUGUCGCCUCGAUGUUCUUCGGGUUAGGCAUGAUGCUCGUCAUGGGCACUGUGCAAACCGCUAUCAUGGAGUUCACUCCCAAGAAGACAUCUAGUGGUAUUGCUGUAGCAAACUUUGUGCGAAAUCUCCUCGCAUGUACGGAUGCCGUCGUCACUCAACCCAUGCUCGAUGGUAUCGGCAACGGAUGGAUGUGCACUUUGAUUGGUCUGGUCGCGUUUGUCACAGGUAUUUCGGCCAUUCUUUCUCUUUCUCUCCGUUUCUGGGGGCCCCCGUGGCGGGUGCUUAUGGACCGGAAGUUGAAUGCAUUGAAGUCGUAA